AUGUCGAAGGCUAUAAGAAGUCACAAAUUAGGCAUUUUGAAAGCACUUGCUCCAGAGUAUAAGCCCUCUGAGGUUGUUGUUGAUUACCGCAACAAUAUUACCAACCCAGUGAAUAGCGUUGUUGAUCUUAAGGACAAGCUCCGGAGAUGGUGCAUGUCUGAAUGGUGCUGCACUGCAAUUGAUUACCCAUGGUUUCCCAAGAACGAUUUUUUUGCCGAGUACUUGAAUUUGGGUCAUGAGUCAGCGAAGAAUGAAUUUGUCAAGUGCCUGAAUCAAGUUGAGCUGGGACAUGGGCCAAAGCUGACUCGUGUUGAGUGGGGUGUUAUUACGAGUUCUUUUGGAAAGCCGCGUCGAUUCUCGAAGCAGUUUUUACAGGAGGAGAGAGAAAAGCUUUCUCAGUAUCACGAGUCAGUUGGACAACAGUAUCCUGAUCUUCAGUCUGUUGUUCGAGAAGGCCUACCGACUGACCUUGCUCAGCCUUUAGCAGUUGGACAGGGUGCUAUAGCCUGUCAUCCCAAAACAAGGGAACUUCAGGAUGGCAGUGUUUUGACUGUUGACCGUAAUCGUUGCCGGGUUCUUCAAAUUGAUGGGUCGGAGCUAAAAAGCGGUUAUGAGUUUGUGAUGGGAACCAAUAUGCAGAGGGAAGUGACACACCUAAGGUGGAAGAUAAUGUGCGAGGUUAGUUCGUCGAGGGUUAACAUACGGGACCUCCCAAGGUACUUGCUUGCCAACGAUUGGUAG